CCUCUGCAUUCAAGCUCAGCUCCAGGAACAGGAACAGGAACUGGAGCAGCUCAAGAAGUAUCCUCUUCCGUUCCGAUGGCAUUAGGCGCGUGUGUUGGUCUGAGCUUGAAAUUGACGAUGCGUUUAGCUUCUACGCAUUCCGCCUGCUCCUUCCGAAGCUCUAACGUCUCGCUACAAACAACACUAUCAUUGGUCGUCAGGUACUUCGACGUUCGAAGCCCACGGUAUCAUCAUGGCACCCCCUUCAAGCACAAUGAAGCGCCUGAUCAAAGAGGUGCGGUCCCUUCAAGCCAAUCCACCCGACUGUGUGCGAGUCCAGGUAGAUGAUUGUGACGUGACAGAUAUUCGUGGAUGGGUACAGGGUCCUCCCGGCACCCCCUUUGCCUCUGGCUAUUUCCUCAUCACCUUCUCCUUCCCAUCAGAAUUUCCCUCUGUUCCUCCGCGCUGUCUCAUGUCGACCCGCAUCUUCCACCCAAAUGUCUCCAUCAGCACAGGCGAAAUUUGCGUCUCGACCCUCAAGAAAGACUGGUCCCCGGAAUACGGCAUCGGACACGUCCUCACUGUCAUCAAGUGUCUCCUGAUUUCUCCCAAUCCCGAUAGUGCUCUGAAUGCAGAGGCGGGGAGAUUGUUGCAGGAGAAUUACGAAGAGUAUGCAGCCACGGCGAGACUGUGGACUUCGGUACAUGCGGCUUCUUGCCCGGUUGGAAUGUUUGAGCCUGCUGCCCUGCCAGUAGCUACACAAGCCAUUGCUCCACCGCUGCAGCGCUCGCUUUCAGACAAUGCAAGUAAAGUACUUAAUGCGGCCAUGGAGGAUAAGGUGGAAAAGACGGGUGCGACGGCAGGAGCAGCAUCAUCAUCAGCGAGCUCUGUCCCCAGCAAGACAGCCCCACCGACGAAGAAAGUCACCGCUGCAAAGCGAGGAGUCAAGAGGCUGUAACAUCUGCAAAGCAAUGAUUGACCCUCACAGUUCUAAAUUGUCACGCAGUCUACGGUGCAACGAACUUUCAGGCUCACAAUCCCACUGUCAAAUAGCAAAUCUCGAUACCCAACACAUGCUUUGUUUUGCUACAUCAAUACCACAGCUGAUUUUCUAGAACAUUGUGAAUUGUGGGA